AUGGAAACAGAAUUUUGUGUAGAGGGAGAAGCUGUUUCCAGCCUCUCUAACUGGCAGGAUUCUUGGCUGAAGGCAGCUGCCUCCCCUCUUGGGGGAACAACUGGAUGGCCUGCUUUGAGGGGCACAGCCGAGCCUUUCCUGAAGCUCCACAACUUGUACCCCACCCCAUGCUGUGCCCGGCAGGCCGCCCUGCCCCGGCUGAGCCGCCGAGUGGUCAGCCAGCACUCGUACCCGCUGAAUCGCUUCUCCUCUGUGCCCUUGGAUCCCAUGGAGCGCCCCACCUCCCAGGCCGACCUGGAGCUGGAUUACAACCCUCCGCGAGUACAGCUCAGCGAUGAGAUGUUUGUCUUCCAGGAUGGGCGGUGGGUGAACGAAAACUGCCGCCUCCAGUCCCCCUACUUCUCUCCGUCCUCCUCUUUCCACCAUAAGCUGCACCACAAGAGACUGGCCAAGGAGUACCUGCUGCAGGAGGAGAACAAGGUGCUGCGGGAGGAGAACAAGGCGCUGCGGGAGGAGAACAAGACUCUCCGCAAGGAGAACAAGAUCCUGCAGGUCUUCUGGGAGGAACACAAGGCCACACUCGGCCGGGACGAGAGCAGGGCCUCCUCACCACUGCUGCACAAGGACAACGUGGCCCUGGAAGUGGUAAAGAAGGACACGGCCUUGCAAAUGCACCGCAGCAAGGAGAACAGCACCCUUCAGCUGCUCAGGGAGGAGAACAGGGCCCUGCAGCUGCUGCUGGAGCAGAGGAAGGCCUACUGGGUCCAGACGGAGGAGAAGGCAGGUCCCGGGGUGGAGACCAAGCCCACCCCCUCGCCCCAUGAGGAGCCCCAUGUCCCCGGGCUGCUGCCGGACCAGAGCACAGGCCUCUCCUCCCCUUUUGAGGAGUCCAAGGGGCCCCCAAGCCCCCAGGAGGACUCCAAGACGCUCCGGGUCCUGCGCCAGAUGGUCAGCAACCUGUCCGGCUCUUCCGGGGACGAGGAGGUCAAGGCCGGCUCCGGCCUGCCCGACGGGAGCCAGUCCCUGGAGCUGCUGAGAGAGAUGAACCAGGCGCUGCAGGCCCUGCGGGAGGAGAACCAGAGCCUGCAGCUCCUCCGCGAGGAGAACCGGCUCCUGCAGGAGGAGAACAGGGCCCUGCACGUGCUUCGCGAGGAGCACAGGAUCUUCCAGGAGGAGAACAAGGCCCUGUGGGAGAACAACAAGCUUAAGCUGCAGCAGAAGCUGGUCAUCGACACGGUGACCGAGGUCACCGCCCGGAUGGAGAUGCUCAUUGAGGAGCUCUACUCCUUCAUGCCCGCCAAGAACAAGGACCCCAAGAAGCCCAGCAGGGUCUGAGGCCUCCGAGGAGCCCUGGGCACGGAGCGCUCGGCCAAAGAAGACCUCCUGCCUUCCGUCUGUCUUCCUCGCCGCCAGCCGCCAGCUCCUGCCCUCUGAGGAGCAGAAUCACCACCUUUCUCCUAAACUCACAGAAGUAAUAAAGGCGCGAGGAGGCUGGGGCCAGUUCACAUCAGCGUGCUGCUCUGGCUUCUUUUUUCCUUUUUCCAGCAGUUUUGGGUUCACAGCGAAAUGGAACAGGCGGUACAGAGAGUUCCCAUAGAUCC